AUGUGGUUUGAUCUCAAGCUCUGGCGCCUCCACUUUGCGUCUCCAACAGCAGCGAUGGUCGCGCCCAUCGAGCCCGAUCCAUCGGUGAUACGGACGCGCUGGGGGCCGCGGGUCUGGGUUAUCAUUGGCACUGUCUACGUCGCUGCAGCGAUCUACAGCAGUGUCUCGUACCUCGGACUCGCCCAAGGGAUCUUGACCAACGACUUGAUCUGGCCCGCCUUCAACAUGACGGGGUCGCACAGCUUUCUCGCCAACUGGUUCAACGAGCCGGCGCAUGUACAGGGUGCUGAAACGUCGGCGAUAGCACUCACCAACCACCAGCAAAUCAACGCUCUCGAGCUGUUCAACCUCUCGCAAGCGUCCGUCGCGUUUCCCAUCCAGCAAGGCGCGAGGGUCCAGUACUCAACCCUGACCACACUCUCGGAUACGAUCUCAGGGCUUCGAGAUGUUCAAAGCUGUGACGGUCCGUGGGUUUUCACGCAGUAUUGCUACCUCGACUUGGAUCAAAAGUGGGAAAUGGCCAACUCGAUCAAGCGCCAAGAGCGAUGCCAGUCGAUGGUCAGUAACGGCGCCGUCUUUCUCGCUUCUCUGCUCCGAAAUGUUGAUAUAUCAACGUGCUGGAGUGAGUCGUUUGAGAUUGGGUUUGCGUCCGAGUUGCGUGAAUCCAAGGCAGGCCAAGCUUUAUUGGCUUCAUUUAGCCCACCGUACCUCUCGAUCGACGACGAAGUGUCUUAUUGGACGUCGAGAAGUGUCUCGUCGUACGUGCUGCAGUGGCAAAACUACAAGUCAAUCGGUCUCGUCAACUCGUACAACAUUGUCAAUGCCUACGGCAUCUCGUAUCCUUUCACGCUGCAGUCGACUGCGGGCUACCGCCGUUUGGGGAGCCAGACGUCGUUCAAAAUGUACUGGUCUCUGGCCAACGACCUCGGCACUCUCGUCAAGAACACAUCGAUCAUGGGGGGCAAGAGUCUUCUUCGGUCGAGCAGUCGAUUUGCCUAUCGCAAUGCGUCGAUUCAAGAUGUGCUGGUGACGGAGAAGAUGCUUCCAGCACUUCCGUGGAGUGCCAACUCCAUUCUUUUGACAUCGUACCUCGGGCCGUUUGGGUCCAUCGACACGGUCUACGUCAGUCCACCGCGUGUGCUACAGGAGGCCAUCGCCGCGUUUGGCACUGCGGUGGCUGGCGCGAGGGUGCUAAAUGCUUUCCACGCGCCCCCCCUUUCUUGCCACAUUUAA